AUGUAUGAAUAUACUUCAAGACUUGCAUUUUCGCUUAAUUUAAUUGCCAAUAAAUAAAGGUAAACCUUAUAUAUAAAUUAGAGAAAUAAUUGAUGAAUUUGUAACUGAUUCUAUGUUUGCUGUAAGUUUGGAUGACAGAACAAGAUAAUUUAAUCUUGAAUUCAAGAAUAAAACUUUUGAAAGUCUCAAAAAUAUUAAAGAUUCAGAAUAAAUUCGAUAAUUUUUAAGAACAUCAUAUGUCAUGAAUAAUAUGAAUGAGAGCCAAAAGUAAAAUGAAAAAGCUCUAUCGAAAUUGUAAAAACUUGAAGAAUAUUUUUUCAAAAAAAUAAGGACAACUGAAAGUUUUAUGAAUAAUGAAAAUCAAGACAAUGAGAUUGAGAUUAUUUAAUAGGACAAGAUUAAUGAAAAACAUAAAUCGAUGAAACUUAUUGUCAAAUUAUUUAAUUUCGGAAAACCAAUUUUAAUAGUUAUUAUCAAAACUGAACAAGUGCAUAAUUUAAUAGAAUCAUAUGAGAAGGAUAUUAUUUAGUAUCAAUAAACAAUUGUAAACUAUUCAUAAGAAAUUCUUAAUAGUUAAGCAAAUAUAAAUUAAGAAAUUAAAAAAAUAAAAUAACACUUCUCUAAAAAUAUUUAGGAUCAAAUGUUUCUGAAGCUUUAAUGUCUAAAUUUAUCAAUAAUGAAUUAGGUAAGGAACUAUAUAAUAUAUUUUCAAUAGGAGAAAAUAUAAUAACUAACUUAGAUUUAAUAUAUUUCUAACUUAAACCUAUAUCUUGAUACAAUCUAAUAAUAUCUGUCCACUAUUGCAGAAUAUUAUUCUGUUAAAUUCAUGUUGUAACAUCAAAUGGAAAUUUAACUUUCUCUUAAUAUCAACAUUAAAUUUUUAACCUAAAUUUCAAUUAAUUUAUUUUAGUAAAUUUUGAUUCAUUCAAUAAUGAAUCAAGUAAUUAGUUUAAAUAUAACUGAAGAAUUAUAAACAUCAACAAAAAGGUAUACAUAAUAAGUAGAAAUAAAAAAGAAAGUUGAAGAUUUUUAAACUCAAUCAAAAUAAUUAAUUGAUCUAAAAUUGAUUUCGUUUACUUUCACAUUCUAUUCUCCUCAUCACAUUAAUCUACAACACCUUUAAUCGUUUUCUAUGGAAUAAAAAACUGAUAUCAAUAAUUUUAAUCAUAUUCCAGAAUAUGUAACUUGCUAUCUUUUAGACUAAAUGGGGCCAAAUAAUUUUGUAUAAAUUACUCAAACAGAGCUUUUAGAUACUGAAGGGAAAACAUUUUAUCAAAAUAAAUUGAAAUUUCUAAUCUAUUCAGAUUAAUCUUAAUUAGAACCUUCAUUUUUAAAGCAAAUUCUAGUUUAAUCAAAAAAAUUCUGA